AUGUCUGCAGAGAGAUGGAUGGAUGGAUGGAUGGAUGUAUGGAUGGAUGGAUGGAUGGAUGGAUGGGUUGGGGGGUGGGGGUGGAUGGAUAGAUGGAUGGAUGGAUGGAUGGAUGGACGGACGGAUGGGGUGGGGGAAGGAAGGAAAGAAGGGAGAAAGGAGGGAAUACUGGCUCCAUCUUUGAGAGCUCUGGUGGGCAGGGCAGAAACAGGCCACAGUGCUCAACCCGGACACCCUCACGAAGGGUCGCAAGUCACUCUUGUGGCUCAGAUUGCUCUUAGGACCUGGAUGGACAGACCAGAAUCAGGGUCCCCUCCUUCACCCCCAAGUUCCUUACUGUUCCCCCAAGCCUGGGAGCGGUCUAUCCCCCAACCCUGCCAUCUCCCUUACUCAUCCCUCUUCCACACCUUCCCCUUUCUAGCCCCCUCUGCCCUACCUGUCUUUCCUGAGUGUUUGAGGGGAGAGAGAGACCCACAUCUCCCCAAAGAGAUGAGCUUUUGGGGCACAACAUCCCACCGUAGGCCCCCUCACCCGACAACACCUCCUACCUGGCCCCUUGCCAAAUCCCAAGCAGAAUUAGCAACAGGAAAAGCAGAGCCCCAGGAGAGACACUCUACUAUAUAUACUCUUCUAUAUAUUCUGUUUCUAUUGUAUAUUCACUCUGUACAUGUGGGUGUAAAUGCUGUUAAAUGACAAACCCAAUAUUAUACUGUGGCUGGUGGACUAUU